AGGCUUUUCUUUUCUAUGUCAUAAGGCCCAAUUUCCCAAAACAAAAACACAGAUCAAUUCGGAGAAUAAAUACGGAAAAACUUUGAACUGCUCGAAGCUCAACAAAAGGCAAGACAAGAUAGAAGAAGACGAAAAAUCGAACCUUCUCCAAAACAGCUAAAAGAAGAAGAAGGCGACGCCAAGUUUCUUGAAUGGAGCCUCCUCCAGAAAGAUCGAAGCGCCUCCACAACUUCACCUUACCUUAUCUUCGUUGGGGUCAGCAGAGGUUCCUCAGAUGCGUCAAUCUACCUUCGCAUUCCCAUCACCCUUCUUAUCCAUCUCCAGAUCACGCAACCAUCAGAUCCGUCUCCACCGCUGGAGCUGUGGCGACGGCUCGGCCGUGGAAUCUGAGGACUAGAGGAGCUGAACCCGGUGAGGAAUCGCCGGGUAUGAAGAGAGGUAUCGAUGAAGAAGAAAGGGACAAGGAUGAGAAACUGAAAUUCUCCGUUUCUUUAUUGAAGGCAGAGAUUGAAGAGGAUUUCUCAAUUAUAAUUGGGAAAAGACCUCCGAGGAGACCUAAGAAGAGACCAAGGAUUGUUCAGAAGAAACUCAAUACGAUUUUUCCAGGAUUGUGGUUAUCAGAAGAAGUAACAAUAGAUUCAUAUAAUGUCCCUGAAGCUGUGGAAACGUGACAAAAGGUCUUCACUUCUUUGGUUCUUGACCCAUUCUCAAUCUCAAGUUUAUAUUCAUAAUUUUACGACUGUAUGUAUCAUCACCAGACUAAUUGUAAUCUCCAGCUGUUUAUUUUUCUAGGAAUGCAGUUGCUUCAGUGUCCUCUCUCUCUCUCUCUGUAACUUUUCAUCCAUUCUUUUUGCAUCAAGCAUUAAAGGUUUCUUGAAUCUUGUUCAUAUACUGUUAUGUUUUAAAAUUGUUGCCAUUGCUGGUAUGUUAAUGACUAUGAUUUAUGUAAA